AUGGAAAGAAAGCUGAAUGAUGCCGAGAGGCUGAUGCAGAGUGGUCUUCUUGCGCGAAUAUGUCAGAAGGCUGAUGCCAUGCAACUUGACUUGGAGUCACUCGACAUCAACCUGCAACAUUUCCUGCAGCAAUAUCAACAAGGUCACAGAGACACAUCUGACCUGAUCUCCACAGAAAUGUUCAGGACACGCAGCCACGUCACCCAAGAGUCACAAAAGGCGACAGCUCAGAUUCAGUUAAUAGUAGAUCAGCAGUCUGCACAACUUGACCAGACGAUCCGAAACUCGAAUCAGCAAGUUUCAACUGCUGUGGAAGCUUUGAGCUUUGCCAGAGACCGAGAGGCUAAGCGUCGACGCUUCCUUCGCAGCUUCAAGUUCACGGGAAUGAACCAGCGUCGUAAUCAAGUGGGCGAAUCAUGUGAAGGCACCUUUGAGUGGAUCUUUACAAACGAAAAAGGGGUUCUCGAAGAUUUUGACGACGAAUCAGAAUAUACAAGCACAGAAAGUGAGGGGUCCGAACGCAGUGGAUGCUCACAGGAUAAUUCCCCUGACGGGACAUAUGGCUCGGCCGGGCAGAACGGGGUUGCACCCCAAGAUGGCAACACCCGCUGGGACUCUUUUAUCGACUGGUUAAAAAUCUGGCAGCUCUAUCUUCUGGUGCGGUGGCAAACCUGGCUCGGGAAAGUCCACGCUGAUGAGAUUCAUCAUAUCAGACCCACGAACCAAAAGCGCGCUCAACGUGUGGAGUCCUGGGGUGCUUCUGGUCUCGCACUUCUUCUGGCGUCCAGGAAGUCUAAUGCAACAGAGCAUCAGGGCGCCCCAUCGGGUGGACACAAAGACUCAGACACAGACUGGUCUACCGGGGAACUUCAAAAGCUAUGCUUCGACGCAGUCGAGCAAUACCAUCGACCCAUUUGCUUUUUCUUAGAUGGGCUAGAUGAAGUUAGCCCCGACGAUGGUGUGGUGCGGCUCCUAGAGGUCAUACAUGGUUUGGGCACCAUCCAAAACGUUAAAAUCUGUGUUGCAAGUCGUCCGGAGUAUCUCAUCGAGAAGAACUUGGAUACGGCAGCUAUCCGUCCAUCCGUUUUCAAGACCUUACGAGUAAUGAUCUACGAAUAUACGCCCAGAGCCAUACCAAGUUGCCACCUAUAUUCAAGAUACUUACUUGUCGAAAAGGCUGAAGGCGUUUUUCUCUGGCUCUGCCUAGCCAUCAAAAGCUCGAAUCGAGGGUUGAAUGACGAUCAGCCACUCUACCGCGAGAAAGCUGUUCUUUAUUUCGGUCUAGUAAUUUCCGGUCAAAGGUUUAAUUGGCCGAACACGCUUAGCCUCAAAACCAGUCUUAAUGUGUUUGAUGUGAUGCUGAUAACGACAUCGAUGGCAGACCGUGUUCUCGAAGAGCCAAGUCACAUAGUCCAGCCCAGUGUCCUCAUCACGGCUUGUCAGAGAAUCGAAAGUGAGGUGCCCUUAAUGUACGCCGGGCUUCUGGAGCGGAAAGACUCGGGAGCUUUGGGCUUGCACAGAGAGCCUUAUGAAGAGAGAAAGCCGGUUGAGGCAACCCUGUGGGAUGGCGAGCAAUACGCUGCACUGAUGCCUCUUAUUGCAGACUUGCAGACUUUCCAAUUCAUACACCGCAGUGCGUAUGACUUUCUGGUAGAUACGCCUGAAGGGAAAGAGAUCAUGAGUCAUUGCAGGUUCUCAAAGUCAGAGCUUCAACGUCAAAUCAUCUGUGCCUCGGUCGCAUGCUGCCAAUUGGCACUGAUCAAAGUGCACGUUGUAGGUUCCCCACGAUACGUCUGGAGCAGUAUGGUUUCUCGGUACAUCCACUGUAUUGGAGACAAAACUACGCAUGAGUCAGAUCGUCCAGAUUAUCAGAGCAAAGAUUGGAUGGUACUUAUAGAAGCUUGUCAACGGCUGAGUAGAUCAGGCCGGCUUCUGUCUUUUGGCGACUACCCAACCAACAUUUUCGGCCGCCUUUCACGGAUGGAUUUCUACUCAAAAGCUGCAACCUAUGGUUUAACAGAAAUUGCUUUGUCUGCUGGGGGAGACAUCGGCUGUCAGCCCGAAUGCCUUUCCAAGCUUCUGUUUAAUACAUGCAUCUACACGACUUACCCCCCGUGGACGCUUCGCAGUCCUCACACCCAAAGCAACCAUCUGAUUGCUAGGCUUCUCAAGCAGGGGGCUGAUCCAAACGGAAGACACAUAAAGAGCAGCGGCUUCGGCCCGCCCAGGUUCUACGGAGAGAUCAGCCCUGAAGAUUCGAAACUUUUCUGUGAGCCUCUUGUCAGAAGACUGCUCUUGGGUUUCCCAGAAUUCAUCAACGAUCAGAGCCUGCGCGGGUUUGAAGUUGAGGGCUUUGGAGAGAGACUUGACGAUGUACUUGAAAGGAGCAAUUCGACUAAGAAGACGGCCCAAGAUCACCUCAUAGACCUAGGUCUUGGAGAAGCGACAGUUUACGUCGAUGAUGAUGGAGUACGGUAUCCCCGCGACUUUGCACAGAAAAUGACACCCGAAUGGAUGGUCGGGACGCUUUACAGGAAACCACGCAACGUUUGA